UCUACUUCCCAAUUCCUCACAACCCAAAACCAAGCCUAACGUCUCCCAUACAGCGCCUAACAGCCAAGCCCAGCAAACAAUGAAGCCUCAUGCUCGGCUUGCAUUAUUCUUCUCCUUCUCCUUCGUCGCUCUCUUUGCCUUCACCAGAGCUGAGUAUAUAUAUGACUCAGACGGUGACAUCGUUAACAACGGAGGCAAUUACUACUUAUCGCCGCCAUCUGGUUAUGGAGGUGUAGCAACUGCUACCAUUAACAGGGGUCACAUCCUUUCGUGCUUGCUGGCCGUCUCUGCAACAUUAAAUCAAGGCUACGCAGCAAAAAUUGCAACACCAUAUCCUUUGAAGUACAUCACUAACGACUAUCCUUUAAACAUAUCGUUUGCUGAUUUGCCGUCAAACGCGUGCACUCACUCACCCAGUUGGACGGUCGCCGAUAUCUAUGGCAAUGACGUAGAUUCAGUGAUGGUUGGGAAUCCUCAAGAAUUUUUUAUUCCACGUUCUGGCAAUUUCUACAUCAAGAAACAUGACUCUGAGUCUUAUAAGUUUGCGUUCUGUUAUUCCACAUCUUCGUGUGGAUAUGUUACUUCGUGGAUUGAUGCCCUUCUCCGAACCGCUCGUUUGUUUGUCACACAGGACAGGAGCGUACAGCCAUUCGUUUUCAAGCUUGUCAAAGCAACUAGUAACGACGUUGCUUCCGGCAUUUCAAUGGUCGUGUGAAUCCGUAUCCAUAGCAAACACCUCUGGGCUUCCUAGUUAUCUUUCUCCAGAGUGUGUGAAAAUAAUUUAGUUUGUGAGAUUCCCAUCUUUGUUGUACCACGAGAAUAAAAGUUGAGUGGGUUCAACUCAAGUAGAUCUACUUGUUCUUUACUUUCGUUAUCUGCUUGUUGCUUGUUAAUCGUUACUUUAUGUUAAUUGAUUACAAAUUUAGUA